CAGGUUUAUGGUAACAUGGACUACUACUUUCAAGAUGGAGAUGCAAAAACACCAGCAGCCUUCCUGAAGGAGCUUGCACCUGUAUCUGGUUCAUCACUUGUACAGGCCAAGAUGGUCUUCAAUUCCUCCUUUCCUGUUCCUAGUGAGAGUUUUGUCCUCAGAUCAAUCCAGAGUCUUCAGAGAAAUCAACUUACAAACCAGACUGACUCUGUUAAAAUUCUGAACGUUACUUAUGAAAAAAUUUCAAACACCUCAUAUGCAGUCACCUUCACAUUUAACAUCAGUAACAUCAGCAUGCCAAAGAAUCCUGACCUCAAAAACAAAACUUUCAACCAAGUAGAGAUCAUCAUAAACAAUGCUCUAAACGCAUUGCUUAAUAAGCCUGGUGCAGAACAAUUUAAACCCAAUAGCUUUAAUUUCAUGAGUUCUGAGAACCAGAUUAUUGGGCACAUGGAGUACUACUUCCAAGACAUAGGCACCACAACACCAGAGGCCUUCCUGAAUGAGAUUGCACCAAUAUUGGGCAAUGUCAUGAUAAAGAUUCGUCUAGUUUUUAAGAACCUGUCCAAAAUUCCUAGUAAAACUGAUGUUCUCAAUGCUGCUAACACUCUGUUGGAUACAAAAAUCAGAAGAACACGUGAUCUUACAACGCAAAAACUAAAUGAACCUGUGAGCAUAAGCGAUGUUCUCUAUGAGAUCAUUGACAACAGUUCAUACAGUAUUAGCUUUGAAUUCCAAAUCAGCAAUGUGACUGUUUCCAAGGAUCUUCAGCUGAGGAAUGAAACCUAUGAUUUAAUCCAAAACACCAUCAACACCCUGCUGAACACAAUUCUGAAUGCAAAAGAUGCUCCUCCUUUUGUCUUUCCACGUGCCAAUUACACAUUUAAUAGUACUAUGAUUAUAGCUGAUUCAGAAUACAUCUUUGUGGAAGGUGUCUCCCAGUGGACAUCAAGUGGAUUUCUUUCUGCCAUACUCAACAUCAACGUGUUAUCUACAACAGCUUUUCCAGCAUCCACUAAACCUGUUACUUCAACUUCCCAAUCAAAUACAUCAAUCAUAUUGGGGAAUGUCAUGAUAAAGAUUCGUCUGGUUUUUAAGAACCUGUCCAAAAUUCCUAGUAAAACUGAUGUUCUCAAUGCUGCUCACACUCUGUUGGAUGCAAAAAUCAUAAAAGCACGUGAUCUUACAACGCAAAAACUAAAUGAACCUGUGAGCAUAAACGAUGUUCUCUUUGAGAUCAUUGACAACAGUUCAUACAGUAUUAGCUUUGAAUUCAAAAUCAGCGAUGUGACCAUCUCCAAGGAUCUUCAGCUGAGGAAUGAAACCUAUGAAUUAAUCCAAAACACCACCAACACCCUGCUGAACACAAUUCUGAAUGCAAAAAAUGCUCCUCCAUUUGUCUUUCCAUGGGCCAAUUACACGUUUAAUGGUACUGCAAUUAUAGCUGAUUCAGAAUACAUCUUUGUGGAAGGUGUCAUCAAGUGGACACCAGGUGAAUUUCUUUCUAAACUACUUCAAAUCAGUGGUCUGUCAGAUUCCACCACGACAGCAGCCCCUGUCACUGCAGUACAGACUGCCACAGUCCAAGGAAACACCACCACCACUGGGGGAAGUUCUGCAUGGAUCCUGGGCAUCAUCAUUCCCUGUGCUAUAAUAGUUAUUCUCAUACCAUGCUGGAUUCUACUCUGCUGUCUGCUGUGCGGCUGUUGUGCUGGUUUAAGGAGGCGCUACAACAGAAGACGGUCCUACACUAUCCAACAUUACACAUAAUUCUUUAUUUUAAGCAGAUGUGUAAAACAACAAUAAAAUAUGUCAUAUAGCCAUACAUAUAUAUAUACCAUAUAG